ACUGCGAUCUCGUUUCGGCACAACACCAGUGCGACUGAUAAUCGAUGGUAUCGAACGUUUUUCCGCCUUGACUCUGUAGUCCUUGAGCAGUUAAUCUGUAUCGUGUUUAUUGCGCCACGAAAACGCUUCUGCUCUUGUUUGCCUAUCUGGUGGAGUCCAUCAACCGUUUCGUUUCAGAUAUCCCGUCGUUAUUCCAUACAUCUUCGUGUCGCCGAUCCGUCGACACGACCACAACGAUGCUUCUCCGGUGACUGACGUUCAGUGCCUAAAUAAUCGGCGGCGCCCAAAGACGUGAAUCGACUGAAUCGCUACUAAAUGAACACCGAGGUGAGAGAUUGCGACACCUUCAUUAUAAUUAACUAAGUAACUGAUAGUGAAAUAAAUAUCUCUCUCGUUACCUCAUCAGUCCCUUAAUGUGAAUUCAACUAUAUGAUAGAUAUACAAUCAACGCCUAGGUAGGGUUUCGUUGAAUGUAGGUUUAUAAACUAACAUUCAUUCCAAUGUUUAUAUAAAAUUGCCUACCUACUUUUUUUUUUUACUAUGAACUUGUUAUUAUGUCCAAGUAUGUCAACAGUUUGUAAAAUGUACCUAUUUUGUAUUCUUUGAAUGUUGUAGUUGGCUUUUUGUUUUGGUCAAUGCUUCGAUACUCUGAUGUCUUUAUCUACUUGGCUCUAAUUUACUACUACAUUACUUGGUAAAUUCUUAUAAAUAGUUAUUACUCAUAAUUUAUGGCAUCAGCUGUCCAUUUAGAGGUCUUUGAAUUAUUAUUUUGUAUUCAUAUCAUGGGAAACGCCCGAUUAAGCAUUUUUAACUGAUGAGAAUUUAAUUUUUUAAAUGAAUUAAUAUUUCCAUUUUCCUUUACAGUAUGGUUACAAUAACCUAAAUAGUUAUUUUCACUUUUUGUUUUGACUUUCAACAUAUUUUUAUGGAGUUUUAAAAAUAAAACAAAUAUUUAAUUUAUGUACUGUAGGUAUACAUAAUUGCAUUGUAUUGUUUAAGUAUAAAUAUUAAAAAGUAAGCAAUCCAAAGUGUUAUGAAGUGUGCUGAAUUUGAUAUGAUAUCAAAUUCUAUACAAUUGUAUAAUAAGAAAAGUGUACAUGUUUUUCGUUACUAAGUUCAUAUCCAAAAAGUUUUAGACUAUACUAACUUAACUUUACCAUACUAUAAUCGAUAAAAACUUGUUAAAGUUAACUUAAAUGAUAUUAAAAGCUGUUAGUUGGUGGUAUAUGGUGGUUAGAUCUCAUAAAAUAUGUCAACAUAGUACCUUGGUAUAUACAUCUAGGUGUUCUAUUGUGUCAAUAUGUCAGAAUUAUCAAUACAGCUAUUUAAUUAAUUAACACUAAACACUGAUUAUAAUCACCUAAAGAACAUAUGAUUCUAGUUAUAUUUAACACAUAUUUUUGAUAGUAUAUAAAUAAAUAUAUAUAUAUAUAUAUUUAAGUAGUUACUGUCUUAUCUACCUAUUUUCAUACUUUAUUUAACUAGUAAUAUGAAUUAUUUGAUUUUUAUUAUUUUUUAACCAUUUUUACACCUACUUUUAAAAAAUUAUGGUUUACAUAUUUUAUGUGAAAUGCAUAUCUUAUUACAUAUCUAUGUGAAAUGCCAUUUAAUUAAUGUUAACUCAUAAUAAAAUGAAUUUAUAGAAAUAAUUAUCUUUUAGGCUUAUCAGUUGUAAAUAGUUUCAUUAAGGUCGUUUCUGGGUAGUUUCAUAUCAUGAAUUAUAUGAUAACUUGUAUUUUUUUUUUCCGAUUUUAAUACAGAGAUUAAUAAGUUUUUAGAUAAAAUUUGUUUAAAUAACCUGUUUUUAUAUUAGUCUAUUUUAAAUAUUAUUCAUAAAGUUGUAUACUAGUAUUAUAUUUAUAUAAUAUUAAAAUAUCAAGUUGUUAAGUUUAAUUUUAAUACAUAUAUUAUGAAUAACAGUUAUUUUAAUUUUCUAGGUAUUAUUUAAUUUUUAUAAAUUAUUAGUUUGUUGAAAUUAAAAAAAAAUAUAUCUUUAUUUGUGUUAUUACUUGGUAGUAUUUAAUGUCAUAUACAUGCAAUGUUAAAAUACAUUGAUGUGAAUUUUAAAUAUGAUGUAUUUAUUAUACCAUGUGCUUGUCCCCUAUCUGUAACAGUUUAACAAAUUGCCAUUUAAAUUGACCCUCAACACUAGUUUCCUUAGUAUAGUAUCUAUAUAGUAGAUGUAAUUGAUGAAAAUCACGGAAAUAAAUGUUCUAAUAAAAUAAAACAUAAAGCAGUUAAGUAUCAUUUCAUAACUUGAUUAAAAUGUACAUAUUAAAUUAUUUAUUAUGCAAUUUAAGUUACAUGAAAUUAGUAGGUAGAUUUCAAUAUUUAUUCUCAACUAAUUAUUACCUAAUACAAAAUAAUAUAUAGAUAACAAAUUUGACAAUUAAAUCAUUAGGUAAUAAAGUUUAUGAGUUAUAAUAUAAAUAAUCCAAAUAAUUAAAUUAAAAAUUUAUAAUUUUAUAUUGAUAAUGUUCCCGUCUAUGUAAAUAUACUUCAUCGAGAAAAGUUAAAAUAUUUCAUGUCCAUUGACUAUAAUAUUGCUGUGUAAUAUUUUAUAAUAUGUACUUAAUUUUUUUCUAGUAAUAUUGAAAUAUUUAAACCAAAAUUCUUAUAAGUACUUACUAUUUUUAUUUUGCAGUAUACAUAAACUAUGCCAUUACCAAAGCGUGUUGUUGAACCUGUGCAUGUAGCACGAAAUACAGUCUCUCAAGCAGGGAGUUAUGGUGCUACAGGUUCAAUACCCAAUGAAUUAGAAGCUGUUACUAAUGGCACUCUUGCCAAUACAGUACGUCAACUAUCAAGCCUAUCUAAACAAGCUGAAGACAUGUUUGGAGAACUUGUACGUGAAGCUCAUUCGCUUACUGUACGAGUCAACUCAUUACAAAUUAGGUUAGAUAGACUGUCUGUCAACACAAAACAAUUAGAUAGUACUGGCGAAGAAGGUAGCUAACAAAUAUUAAUUUUUUUUACUAUACAUUUUUAUUCAUACAUUUAAUUUGUAAUAUAUAUGUUUUAGUAUCUUUACAAGACAUUCAUAUGAGAAAAGCUUUUAAAAGUGCUGUUGUUUUUGACCAACAAGUUCUUUCAAGAGAUACAAUGCCUGCACCAAUGCUUGAAAUGUAUUCACAAUGUGAUAAACCACCACCUCUGUAUAAACUUAAUCCCUACCGGUAAUUCAAAAUAAAUUUAUAAAUUAGCAAUAUAUUAAACAUAAAAUUAUUAUUUUAUAGGGAAGAUGGUAAGGAUGGUAUGAAAUUCUACACAGACCCAGAUUAUUUUUUUAAUCUAUGGAGAUUAGAAAUGCUAAAAGAUACUGAAAAAAUGAUGCAUGAUCGAGGAAAAAAAGUAUAUUUUUACAUUUUUGCAAUCUAUAUUAAAACAUUUUAUUGUUGAAUUGCAUAAUUUAUUAAUAUAAUAAAUAUAAAUAAAUCAACUGUUAUUUUUAAUUUAUUCAUCAGCCUCAUAGACCUAAAACAGAAGGUAGUGGAGGUCGUCAUAAAAAGAGAGUUAGACAACCACAUAGUACAAGAGAACGGCAAAGGCAACUUGCUACACAGCAUGGAGAAUAUUUGAUGCCUCAAGACAAUUCCCAUUAUAGGGCACCUCAUCAGGUAUUUUAAUAAUAUUAUACAUUUCUUAUUUUUUCUUAUUUUUUUUUUAAUUCAAUGAGUAAGGUUCUUAGUUUGACACUAAAUGAAAACUGGUGACACUAUUUUUCAGUAAUUCAAUUAUGACUCAAACUAUUAACUCAAAAUAAAUAAACAAUUUUAAUUAUUUUUGAUAAAAAGUCUGAUGUAAAUAGACAAUUAUAAAAUAAAUUACUUAAAUUUUGUUUAGCCUUAUGAAUAUAUGGAAGAAAAUACAAUGAUGUUGGGCUUAUCCAUGAAUGAUCAACAUCGACCAUCACGGCCAAAUAGUAUUGAGUUACGUCGAUCUUAUGGUCCAGAACAACCUCUUAAUCAACAAAUUGGAAAUAACACGGUAGAUGGACGUAUUUAUAGUCCUCCCCCUAUGAGUAUAAUCGAUAGGUAAAUUCACAUUUAUUUUGUAAUGUUUUAUUAAAGUAGAACAUAUAAGUUAUGUUCUCAUUGAAAUGCAUUACUUAUGUUUUUAGUAAUAACUAUGCUGCACCGAUCAGUAGUAAUAAUAUAAUAUAUGAUGAAUCUAAUAUGUAUAAUCAUAACACUCAACAAAAUAAUUACCAAUACACUGGUAGCAUGGGUGAAGUAUUAAGUCCAUCAGGUACACCUAGUCGUGGAGGUAGAAUAAGGCCAUCACAACCACCACCUGCUCCGCCAAGCAAUAAUAAUUCAAACAAUAGGCAAGUGAAAUAUAUUUUUAUUUUAUAUUUUAUACCUAUUUUAACAAAUAUAAAAUAACUUGUUUAUUUCUUUAGUACACCCACUGUAUCAUCAGCCAGCACUCCAACUCGUGGCCGCAGUUUGAGUUCAAAUCGUGAAACGUUGCCACCUCCACCACCUCCUCCCGUUGAGAAUAACUUGCCUUUUACAGAACCUUUACCUCCACCUCCACCUCCAGUAUCUAUUAGUCCUCCCAUACCAUCAGCAAAUAUCCCACCUCCUCCACCAUUACCACCAAUGCCUGAUCCCCCAGCAUUGUUAACUAACGGAGAUGUUAAAUCACCAUCAAAACAGGUAAAUAGUAACAUUCUUAAAUAAUUAGAAAUAUUUAAAAUAUGUGUAAAAUCACACAAAUAUAAAAAAAAAAAACAAUCAUAAAGUAUUGUAAUAGGUUAUUUCUGUUUAUGACCAUUUUUAAAAAUCGUCAGAUUUAUCAGAUAAUAAAACUUACUAUAUGUCAAUAUAUAUUUUAUAUUUUUAAUAUUAAAUAAUUAUGUAAAAUUAUUAAAAAAUAAUUAUGUAAACAUUUUAACACAGAAGUCUCCUCCUAAUCACAUAAUUCAAUCAAAACCAUUGGUACUCCCUGCUGACUGUAACAAUAUUAGACAGCUAAAUGGUGUUAUUAAUGAUGUAAACACAACCGUAACCAAUAUCAGCAGCGGCACAGUGAGCGCAUUGAAAAAAACACCUGGACCAGGCCAUGUAGCUCAUUACGAUCCACGUAGUGAUUUACUCAAGGCUAUAAGAGAUGGUAUGAUAUUUUUAUAUUUUAUAAAUUUUCUAUUAUUUCUUGGAAUUAUAUGAAUUUUUUAAUUAUUAGAGAUAUGUAAUGCACUUUCAGUGGUUUCAGAAUCUUGAUACUAUAGAUAAAUUUGAAUUAAUAUUAAUUUUUAAUUUAUUAUUAUUAUUAAUAUUAAAAUCAUAUAAAACUCAAAAAUAAAAUAAAAUCUAAGACUUAUUUUAUAUAAUAUUUGUAAUAGGUUUUUAGAAAUAUCUAUAUAUAACAUACCAUUUACAAAAAAAAAAAUUGUGCAUAAAAUUCCAAUUCUUUUUUAUUGAUGGUAUUUAAUGUUAUUUAUUUGUGUUAAGGUGUUGAGCUGAGAAAAGUAGAAAAAAUUAAACAAAAAGAAGGAGAACGUAGUAACGCAUUACAUGAUGUCGCUUCAAUAUUGGCACGUCGCGUAGCUGUUGAAAUUUCUGAUUCAGAUUCUGCAUCGGGGAGUGAAUAUGAUAGUGACGGUUGGGCUGAAGAUGAUAGUAAUUUAAAAUAACAUUAUAAAUCUUAUAAAACAUUCCUUCUUGUGCUAUUAUUUUACCAAUAAUUUAAAAGUUUCAUUUUCAUAGCUAUUAUAUUAAUUUUGUUUUCUUUGUGUGUAUGUGUAAAUUAAAAAUGUUCAGUUGAAUGAAUCCAGGUAUUCUAUUUACUAUAAUAUGCAUAUCUCUGAUGACAGUUUAUAGUCAAUAAAAUCUAAUGUCACCAUUUAAAUAGUUGAGUAAAUAAAUUUUAUUAUCAAUUAAAUUAAGUGGCCCACCUAUCUAUUAGAGUAAUUAUUUAUAUAAUCAAUGAUAAUACACAUACAUAAUAUAUUAUAGAUUAAUAUAUUUAGAAGUUUUUAUUUUAUAAAAUGAAUUAAUUAAUUUGCAGAAUUAUCAUCAUUUAAAAUUUUAACAGAUAUUGCAUUUUUUAUAAAUUUUUUAUUUUUUUUUUUUUUUGCAACUCGUAUUCCUAUAUUUCCUAACAACGUACACAUUUUAGUGCCAAAUAAUACCAUUUUAUUUAUACACAAUUUUGUUUAUUUAUUUUUACUAGGUUUAUUGUAUAAAAGGCACAUUCAUUAUACCCAAGAAUUGCCAUAAAAAAUAUAAUAAAUAAUUAACUACAUAUUAUAUUAAUCAUAAAAGAAACAUCCAUUGGAAAACUAAAUACUAUUAUAAUAUUCAACUAAUUAGUUAUUUAAAUUUAAACAUGAUUCAUUUUAUAAUAAAUCAAAUGAGAUUUUAACCAAUUUAUGGAUUACAUUUCCGAAUUUAAAUGGUUUUUAAUUUUAAUUGCUUUAUGAUGACUUAGCACAUUAAAUAUAAUAUAUAUCCUUUAUAAUCUGUGUGGUUUUUUGAUAAAAAAAAUUUUAAAAAUUAAUUAUUUUGUUACACAAUGAUUUCAAUGUUGUUUUUUGUGUACAAUAUUAUUUUAAGUUCUAUAAUUCUAUACAAUAUAUACGACUUACUUACUUUAAAUGUUUUCUAGUUAUAUUGGAUUAUAACCUAAUACAUAUUCAUAAUAAUAUGCAUUAUUUUUCCAGAGAAAAUGCUCAAUAUUGCUCAAUUAGUUUUUCAGAUUUAUAAAUUAUUAUAAAUUUGUUCUGUCUGUAAAUAGACCUCUACACUGAUACACAUACCAUAAUGUAAUAUAGUUAAAAUUAAACGUGAUCAUGUUCAACAAAAUAUACGAAAACCAAUUUAGAAUAUCAAUAUGUUAAAUAAAUGUUCCUUUUGUUCAAACAUAUUCCGUGCCACUGUAUAUUAUUUAGUCUAAUUAAAGUACAUUUUCAAAAACAUUAAACACUACUAUUAAGUUGAUCAUUAUUUUUUUUCAUGUUUGUUUGAAAACAAGUUAGUAUUUGCUAAAACCUCUUUAAAAAAAAUAUAUAUAAGAAAAAUACAAACCACAUAAUUAGUUUAAAAUUACAUCAAAAUUAUUAUCAGUUGAGCAACAUUCCAAUUCAUUCAAAAUUGUUUUUUUUACAUGUAAUCAAUUAAAAUUAUAAUAAUUAUGAAUAUUACAUAAAACUAUCUAUUCUGAUGGAAUCCUUCUAUUUGCCAUCCAUAAUUAUUGUGUGUUCAAAGCGCAUAUUAUUAUGCAUUGAUGUAUUAUUAACUACAUUCAUAUUAUAAUGUACUCUACAUAAUAUUAUUCAUAAGAAUAUAUAUGUUAUUUAUUUUAUUUAUUCAUCUUUUAUCAUUAUUUAUUUAUAUUUUGUUUAUGAAUUUAAAUGUUUAAACGUUAUUUGUGCUCGUAUAUGUAUAAUUUAUAUAUAUAAUGUAGAUAGAGAGAACAAAUUUCAAUGUGUAUUAUGUAAAUCCAAAGCUUACUUUUAAAUAAAUAUUCUUAAUAUAUCGUAUAUAUAUAUAUAUAUAUAUAUAUAUUACAAAAUAUACAUUUAUAUUAUAUUAUACAGUAGUAAAAAAAAAAAAUAAUGUAUUAUAUAUUAUAAUAUAUAUAUUUUGUCAAUAUAAUGUAUCCAUUUUUAUCCAUCAUUUUAACAUGCACCAACAAUAACUGUGCAUUAUUACAUACAUUAUUAUACUUAUUUGUAACCCAAAUAAAAUCAAUGUUUUUAUAGACAACAUAAAUUAGUUUAUUAUUAACAAUAGACACAUUUUAAUAAUCAUAUGUUAGGUAUGUCAGUAUAAUACUAAAUUAAGUUAAAUUAGUGUAAAAACUAAAUUAUUCAUUUAAACACUUAUAAAACUAUUGUCAUGAUGACCUGCUUAAAUGUGUUGUUUUCUUGUAAUUAAAAAUAUAAUAUUGUACAAUUAUUAAAAACUGAUCUUGACACAAUGAUUCAUUUACAAUUUUUAAACAAUAAAUAUUACAAAUAACUCUUCAAGUAAUAAUUUUCAUGGGUAAUAAUGUACCUAAUAUAGUGAUAUGCCUAACAGUAGGUAAAUUAGAAUUCAAGUUAAACAUUAUAUUUGUAUUGGUUCUAUUACAAUGUAUAAUUUUUAUUUUUUCUAAAUUUUGCUCCAAUUAAAAAUUGAUGCAAGCUUUUUGUAAUUUUUAAGUUUUAGAUCUAAUCAGUUUUCUAAAGAUUUUCCUAGUAACUUGGGGAAAAAUUUGAGAAAAUGAACAUAUUUCUAUUUAUGGCAGUUUUAUUAUUUUAUGUAUUUUUUUUCUAUUAGAAAUCUUAUUCCAAAUUUCAUAUGUAGCAUAGUUUCUCAGGGAAAAUUUUCUUAUUAUUAUUUUCUUACUUAUUGGUGUAAUAGGCAGAUCCUUUGAUUUUCUUCAUAACUAGACAAAAAUAUAUGAAAAACUAGAAAGUUUUAGGAAAUAAUAGUGUUAUUAUUUCUAUUUUUCCUUUUGUUGCAAUUCAGUUAAAAAGAAUUAUAAAAACCAGAAAUUAUCAUUUUUAUUUACUACAUAACAACAAAUUUAAGUGUUUUUUUAGAAAAAAAUAUUCUAUUUUAAUUGAAUAUUUUCUACUAAGUGGUUACU